GGGCCCCUUCCUUCCUCGGUCUCGGAGCGGUCGCCGGCCUGGCACCCAGAUGUCUCCCUGGGCCCACGUCCGGAGUGGUCAGAGGGUCCCGCCCAAAAGCCUGAAACCUUUUGGGGCGAGGGCGGGUCUGGGCCCCCCCCCAGGCUCCACUUCAGGCUGGACCAGGCCUGGAGGUGUUGAGGUGCCUGUUGCUUGCUCAAAAGCUGCCUGUUCCAGGGAAACUGGGACUUGCUGGGCACCCCACAGGAGUGUGUGGCGGAGGAGCAUGGCCUUCCAGGGAGGCUUGGUGAUGCUUUUGGAUUUUUGGCCAACUGUCCCUCUGCACAACAUCAGUCCCAUGAAACUCCCAGUGGGACAGCUGGUGGGGCUGAGGAACGACCCCAGGGUUGCCUCAGCUCAGCCCCAGGGCCCUGCACCUCUCCCCGGUUUGGGGGCCAGUAUCCUCCCUGGUCCGACUGGUGGCUAAGGGGGUCCUGCCUGGGUUUCAGGGCCGCCUGGGCAGAAUGUCACGAUGGACGAGGGGGGCAUGCCCCUGCUCCCUGACUGCCUAGUCUACCAGAUCUUCCUGAGCUUGGGCCCUGCAGACGUGUUGGCCGCUGGGCUGGUAUGCCGCCAGUGGCAGGCUGUGUCCCGAGAUGAGUUCCUGUGGAGGGAGCAGUUCUACCGCUACUACCAGGUGGCCCGUGAUGUGCCCCGACACCCAGCAGCCACAUCCUGGUAUGAGGAGUUCCGGCGGCUCUAUGACACAGUGCCCUGCGUGGAGGUGCAGACGCUCAGGGAGCACACUGACCAGGUCCUGCACCUCAGCUUCUCCCAUUCGGGCUACCAGUUUGCUUCCUGCUCCAAGGACUGCACUGUGAAGAUCUGGAACAACGACCUGACCAUCUCCCUGCUACACAGCGCAGACAUGCGGCCCUACAACUGGAGCUACACCCAGUUCUCCCAGUUCAACCAGGACGACUCACUGCUGCUGGCCUCGGGGGUGUUCUUGGGGCCCCACAACUCCUCCUCUGGCGAGAUCGCGGUCAUCAGCCUAGACAACUUCGCGCUGCUGUCCCGUGUCCGCAACAAGCCCUACGACGUGUUCGGCUGCUGGCUUACCGAGACCAGCCUGAUCUCAGGGAACCUGCACCGCAUUGGAGACAUCACCUCCUGCUCGGUGCUCUGGCUCAACAACGCCUUCCAGGAUGUUGAGUCCGAGAACGUCAAUGUGGUGAAGCGGCUCUUUAAGAUCCAGAACCUCAACGCCAGCACCAUCCGCACAGUGAUGGUGGCCGACUGCGGUCGCUUUGACAGCCCCGACCUCCUGCUGGACACCAGUGCGCCCCCUGGCCGUGUCUUUGACCUUGGCAGCGACGGUAUUGACGAAGAUGAGGGUGAGGGGGCUGGCCAGGCCCCCCUGCGCACCGAGAAGGGCUUGCGGCGCCUCCUGGACGGGCUGCUGGACGCGCGGGCACCGCCGCCGCUGGCGGAGCGCACGCUGGAGACCAAGGUGGCGGAGCUGCUGGCCCAGGGCCGCACCAAGCCCCCUGAGCGCAGCGCGGCCAGCGCCCAGAACAAGCUCCUCAUCUUCACCACGGGCUGCCUCACCUACUCACCGCACCAGAUCGGCAUCAAGCAGAUCCUGCCGCACCAGAUGACCACAGCCGGGCCCGUGCUGGGAGAGGGGCGGGGCUCCGACGCCUUCUUCGAUGCGCUGGACCACGUGAUCGACGUGCACGGACACAUCAUCGGCAUGGGGCUGUCCCCCGACAAUAGGUACCUGUACGUGAACAGCCGCGCCUGGCCCAGCGGCUCAGUGGUGGCGGACCCCAUGCAGCCGCCGCCCAUCGCGGAGGAAAUCGACCUGCUGGUGUUCGACCUGAAGACCAUGCGGGAGGUGAAGCGGGCCCUGCGCGCGCACCGGGCCUACACGCCCAACGACGAGUGCUUCUUCAUCUUCCUGGACGUGAGCCGGGACUUCGUGGCCAGUGGGGCCGAGGACCGGCACGGCUACAUCUGGGACCGCCACUACAACAUCUGCCUGGCCAAGCUGCGGCAUCAGGACGUGGUCAACUCGGUGGUCUUCAGCCCCCAGGAGCAGGAACUUCUGCUGACCGCCAGCGACGACGCCACCAUCAAAGCCUGGCGCUCGCCCCGCACCACGCGCAUCCACAAGGCUCCGCGCCCACGCCCCUUCUCCUGGUUUGUCAGCCAGAGGCGCUGAAGGGCGCGGCCAAGAGGAGCACCCUGCGGUCCUCUGGCUGCUGGGACCCACUGAGGACCCACGGAGGCUGUGGCCCUUUCCCACGGCUGAGCUGCUGCCCAGAUCGCGUGGGGGGCAGAGGCGCUCACAGCAGUAAUGCCUUAGGAAGGGGGUCGGGCAGGGGCUGCAGGGAUUGGAGGGCCUGACUCCCACCACACUCGCGCACACCGCCUCCCACAGCCAUGACACUUAGCACUGGGGCACCUGGGGCGGCCUCCUGGCUGGCUUGGAGUGCACAGGACACAGAGCCCCCUCUUUACCCACCCUUUCCCCGGGCCUGGGCCCUGGGCGGUCAGCACGACAGUACCCCUCAGCUGGGCCUGUGGGGCCCAGGGUGGCGUUCCUGGUCCGACCUUGCCCUGGGAGCUCUGGGCUCCCCCUCUGGUCAGUGAUGCGGGUCAGUCUGUCAUGGGCCCGGGUGAACUGCAUGUCACUAGUCACCUGUUCAGGACCUGAAUAAACAGUUGGCAACAGCAAA